AUGGAGACGGCCCGGGCCCCCGCCGCCCCCGCGACGUCCAGGCCGCGCACCGUGGAGGCCAUCUUCAGNNNCUUCAACGCGCGCCGCGCCGGCCUCGUCCGCGCGCUCACCUCCGAUGUCGACGACUUCUUCGACAGCUGCGACCCAGAUAAGGAGAACCUCUGCCUCUACGGCCACCCCGACGGGACCUGGGAGGUGUCGCUGCCGGCGGAGGAGGUGCCCCCCGAGCUGCCCGAGCCGGCCCUCGGCAUCAAUUUCGCCCGCAACGGCAUGAACCGCCGCGACUGGCUCUCCCUCGUCGCCGUCCACUCCGACUCGUGGCUCCUCUCCGUCGCCUUCUUCUUCGGGGCGCCGCUCACCGCAAACGAACGGAAGCGCUUGUUCAGCAUGAUCAACGAUCUUCCAAAUGUGUAUGAAAGUAUGGUUGGCAGGAAGCACAGGGACAGGUCUGGUGUUGAUAGCAGUGGCAAAUCCAGGCACUCAUCAAAGCCAAAGCAACGAACUGAUGAUGUCCGCCCAAAGAACUCCAGGGCAGUUGCUCGAGAGGAAGACGAGGACGAGGAUGAAGAAGAACACAGCGAAACCUUUUGCGGAAGCUGCACUGGCAUAUACAACGCAAGCGAGUUCUGGAUCGGGUGCGACAUUUGCGAGCGGUGGUUCCACGGGAAAUGCGUGCGGAUAACCCCGGCCAAAGCGGAUCACAUAAAGCACUACAAGUGCCCUGAAUGCAGCAGCUCCAAGAAAAUGAGGCAGUAG